AUGAUCAUGAAUCAAUCUUCAUCUGUUUCUUCUAUUGUUAUUCCUCCUCUUAUUCUGCAUCAUCUGAAGAACACAACAGAGGCAGCCAGAGACUCCAAGAUGAGCACGGUUUUCUUACUCUUAUUAAUUUUUUAUAGACUCGUUUUUAUAUGCUGGUUUAUUUUUAAAAUUCCAGUUAGGUCAUUAUCAUCAAAUCUUCAGCUACUGGCCUGUCUUUUCAAUCGACCAUUUAUCGUGUUACCCAGAGCUGCCACGAGACGUGCGCAGCUCACCGUCACGACGUCUUCCACAAAGCGCCGUAAGGUUGCAGAGCCUCGCAGACCAGGAGGAGCCCUUCCGGGUUUGUCGUUUGCCUCGCAGGCUGGAAGACGUCACAGUCAGCACCCCCCUUCCGACUCGUCUUCCGUGCCACCGAAUCCUCGCCCAUCGUCCACGUCCCCGUCGAAUCGAAGUCGAAGCCAUUCUGUGUCCCCGUCUCCUCGCUACAUUCCCGCCCAUUUGCAGGAAGAGGUGCUUGGCACCGCCGCCCGCUCCCCGACCCCGGAAUCCGCCAGUAGUGCCGCCGACUAUCCUUCGAUCGCCUGCGCAGGACUCACCCUACACAGCGACGCUAUGACGGAUAUGUCUGGUUCCGACAAAAGAGAUGGCAGCGUUCCGCCUACUGGAGGUGACGUUCGGUCAUCCUCCCCGGGCAUCAAACGGUCGGCUCCUAACGCCGACCAGGAUGUGGAGAUGGAUCUAGGUUCGACAGAGAAGAGAUCUGUUUCUCUGUCCCAGCACACAGACGCGAUGGAUACGACUACAGCGGAGGGGAACUCGAACGGCAACGGUGAUAACUCUGGGUCAGACAACGUCUAUCCCACACCAUCCAGCAUGUCGACAUUUACCGCCCCCACGGCGACCCGAAAGGAAUCCAAGGCCCAAGCCUCCAUGUCGUCCCACGAUCUCCCUCCUAUCGACGACCAAGUCGCUCAAGUGACCUGCACCAUGGCCCAGCCGUUGAAGGAGAAACAGAAGGGAUAUCUGGUGUCCAUGUCAUGGCUGAAGCGGGUGCUCGCUCGCAGCUCGACCCACGCCGACAAGGCAGAUAAGUCGGCAGCUGAAGGAGAAAUUGGACCCGUGGAUAACUCGGACCUUGUGCUGGUCACUGACCCGGCAAUUACCGGCUUCCAUGAUGAGGCAGGAGAGCCCUUUGUGCCCCUGCGUCCAGGUCUGCAGAUGGGAGAGGACUUUGAGAUAGUGCCCCAGGAAGGCUGGGACCUGAUCAUGCGAUGGUACGGCUUGGCUAGUCAAUCGCCAGCCAUUGUUCGCUAUGCUCACAACACCGUGGAGGAAGGUGAUGCUCAAAAUAUUCAAUACGAGCUCCAUCCACCAAUUUUCACCGUUCUGAAGCUAGCAAAUCCGGCCGCGGGGACCACUCCACAGAGCCUAAGAGAGAAGAAUAUGCCACCUGCAAAGGUCUUGUCCAGCCGACACACCAACUUUCAAAAGUGGCUGAAGCAAGUGAAGGGACUGGCCAAUAUUGACAUGUCUACCAAAGUUCGUGUAUGGAGGAUUCUCGGGGGACUGGGAAGUGCCACGGCAUCGGCUGCAAUCACACCCGCUGCGUCACGGAGCGCUUCUCCGGCACCUACGGCCUCCCUGGUUGCCAAUGCCGGCAACAACCUUGUGCUUGAUCUCAAUACGUUCCUCUCGUUAUCUGACGGCGCCCAGCGAGAACUGGUCGAUAACGUCAAGGAUCAAACCAACAAUCCCAAUUUCAACGGUCGAUCUACCUUGGAUCGAGUUGGCUUGUCUACCAGUGAUGUUGUGGUGCUUGAGGAGCGCGUUGGCGGAGAGUGGGCUUCAGAAGUAUCCAAGAAGAUGCUCGAUCGACUAGGUGUUCCGAGUGGCAGUGUGAAGAAUGGCGUUCCUGGCAAGCUCAAGAACAAGAGUCCUACCAACAGUGAACCUAUUAGGGGCCGGCGUAAAGACGGAAAGCCCAGGGGCUGCACGGGAUUGAGCAACCUCGGAAAUACCUGCUACAUGAACUCUGCUCUACAGUGCGUGCGCAGUGUGGAGGAACUCACAUACUACUUCCUGAACGAUGUGUAUAAGAGAGAUCUCAACCCCAGUAAUCCUCUCGCCCAUAACGGCGAUAUAGCCAAGGCGUACGCAAACCUUCUUCGCAUGCUCUACGACGAAGCCGGUCAGUCGUCGUUCGCUCCCCGCCAGUUUAAACACACCAUUGGUCGUUAUGGUCCAGCAUUCUCGGGAUACGGGCAACAGGAUUCGCAGGAAUUUCUGCUGUUCCUGCUGGAUGGGCUGCAAGAAGAUUUGAACAGAAUCCAGAAGAAGCCAUAUAUCGAGAAGCCAGACUCCACGGACGACAUGGUCCAUGACAAGGAGGCUCUCAAAGAGUUUGCCAAUAAAUGCUGGGAAAUUUACAAAGCCCGCAAUGACUCGGUCAUCACGGAUCUCUUUGCCGGCAUGUACAAGUCAACUCUUGUCUGUCCUGUCUGCGAGAAGGUCAGCAUCAUCUUUGAUCCGUUCAACAACCUGACGCUUCAGCUUCCGAUCGAAAAUCUUUGGAGCAAGGAGAUAUUCUUUUUCCCUCUCCACCGCAAGCCUGUCAUCGUUGACGUGGAAAUUGAUAAAAACGCCAGCAUCAAGGCGCUCAAGGAGUCAGUAGCCAAGAAGAUGGGCUCGGACCCUCAGCGUCUCGUCAUGGCCGAAAUUUACAAGUGCAAGUUCUACAAGAUGUUCGACAACUCUGCGUCCAUUGCCGAUUGCCAGAUCGGCCAAGGCGAUGACAUCGCAAUCUUCGAGGUUGCGUCUGUUCCCACCAACUAUAAUCCCGACAAGCGCCAGAAGAGUUACUUUUCUUAUGGUCGUUCAGACUAUGAAGAAAUUCCAAGCUUUGACUCACCCAAGGCCGACCGAAUGCUAGUGCCCAUCUUCAAUCGGCAUUGCCGGCCAAAGUCGAAUAACAGCGGGAAUAUGCAGCGGUCACUCUUCGGCGCUCCUUUGUAUGUAAUCAUCAGCAGAGAAGAGGCUCAAAACUACGAUGCCGUCCUCCGCAAAGUUCUUGAAGCUGUUGCUACAUUGACAACGCGAGACAUUCUCAAUGAGGAGAACAUCAAGAAAGCUGACGAGCCAGGGGGGACUCAGGAGGAUUCGGAUACCGUUGUGAUGAAUGAAGACGACGCGCAAUCUGCAGAUUCUAAAAUCAAGACCUCAUCCGUGGACGGUGAAGAUGGCUUGGUGGACGUUUCCAUGCGCGACGCUUCGGACGAGACGGAUACUCCAUCUCCUCAAGACAGCAAGUGUGAAAAUGCUGUCUCGACCCCUGGCAGCUCUAUUGCACCUGGCCUUCGGAGCCUCUUCGAUAUGAAGAUUAUCAAAUCAUCCCACGAGGUUGUGCCUCUCGGCUGGUCUUCAGUGGACGAUAUCAAAGACUAUCCAUUGAUGUCGUCCAGGGUCAAGGCACAGUCGGCUGGCAAACAGAAGAAGACAACAUCCGGUACAGUGACCGACCGAAAAACCAGUGAUGACUCGGAUCAGGAUGGAAGCGCCGGCACUGCUUCUGACAGUGACUCUGACAUGUUCUCUAACAUCAGUCGCCCUAAGGCCGUAAAGACUCAAGCCAACGAGCGUCCUCUGAUCCGCCCGGGGGAAGGUAUCGACACUGACGGGCUACGUGGAACUCCUACAUGGACCAACGUGGAGCGCAUUCCUGAUCCGGAACUCGCCAAGCGCCGUGAUCUUCGCCGGAGCCGGAAGAAGAGGGGCGUUACACUCUACGAAUGUCUUGACGAGUUCAACAAAGAGGAGAUUCUUUCCGAGAAUGAUGCAUGCAAGAAGUUCGAAUUGUGGAAGACUCCCGACAUCCUUGUCAUGCACCUGAAGAGAUUCAGCGCCAGCAGGGGUUUUAGGGACAAGCUGGAUGUCCUGGUCGACUUCCCCGUUGAAGGGCUAGACAUGAGCGACCGUGUCGAAUCGCCGGAAGAGGGAAAGAGCCUAAUCUAUGAUCUUUUCGCGGUUGAUAACCACUACGGUGGAUUAGGAGGCGGUCACUAUACGGCCUACGCGAAGAACUUUAUGAGUGGCGAAUGGAACGAGUACAAUGAUUCGUCUGUCUCGCGACCAAUUGAUCCCCAGAGUGUGGUGACUCCCGCCGCGUAUUUACUGUUUUACCGUCGACGUUCAGACCGCCCACUGGGCGGGAAGAUCUUGGAAGAAAUCACCGAGUCGUCAACUCGACCAGGCAGCGAGGACAACUCCCCGGCUGGGUCCCGUGGGCAGUCGCCUUCGGGAACGGGCGGCAACAGUGAUGACGACGAUGAUGAAUCGCCCCCUGACUAUUCGGACAGCCCAGCCGCUGGCGAGCAGAGCCUUGCGAAAGCAAACCGACUGGAAGGUAUGAGCUUUGAUGAAGACGAGUUCGGCGAUGGAGCCUAUGCCAACCCGCUCCCCUACUCAAGCCAACCCACGUGGUCCUUCGACCGAGUCACAGAUGCUCAUGGCCUUUCACAGAUGACCACAGUACCUCCGGGAUCGAUCUCUGAUGACGAGGAUUUGUUCGACGACGAUGCCAGCAACAAAGCGGUGGGCGGGGGAGAUCUCAGCGACUCCGACUUGCGCCUCGCCGCAUUGACCGGAAGCCCAAUCGGCCAGGGAGUGUUCCCAGGCACACCCAUGGAGGAGGAAGCUCCGAUUCAGGAUAUCCCUCCGCCACUAGACGGUGAUGACGAUGAAGACUUACCCGUGGUGGAGCUACGGGUGAAUGAUGAUGACCGGAUCGUCUCCGACUGA